UAAUUCUUCGAACUAAUCAUUGCGAACAGUCGCCAUUUUGUAUGUAGCCCGGCUGAUGAUCGAGGAUUUUUCACUAUUUAAUACUCCAAUAAUGUAGUUAGUGUGUAACAAGAAUUCUUUAUGAAGUAUACAGCGUACCACUCUCGAGAUUCCAUAGAUUUAAUGUUAUUGCUGUGGCUUAAUUGACAACGUAUCAUAGUUAGCCAUGACCAUAGCCACGAGAGGCCAAGGUAUAGUAGUGGACCCACCUGAUGGCCAAACAAGCACACAGUCGCUCCAGCAGCCACAGCAGAUUGUACAGCCCGGGAAUGGAGGCAGCAUCCAGUUAUCGGAGACUGGGAUUAUGGGAGGUGAACAAUCAUUGGAUCAGCAACAAAUGAAUAAUGAGCUUUUGGGAGAAGACAAUUCAGGCGGAGUUGUUGGAGCAGAGCCAGAUUUUCCCCAUGCUAAGCUCGCUUUGCUGGAUGACAAAAUCUCGAGUCCACGCUGGGUGGUUCCUGUCUUGCCUGAGCAAGAAUUAGAAGUUCUUCUUCAGGCAUCUAUUGACCUCUGUCGGAAGGGUUUGGAUGUGCACAGUGAGGCAUGUCAGCGAUUUUUUCGUGAGGGUCUUACCAUCUCCUUCACCAAAAUCCUCACAGAUGAUGCUGUAAACAGCUGGAAAUUUAACAUUCAUCACUGCAUCUAUCAGAACUGUGAACGUUUGGUGGAGCUCUGUGUAGUGAAGCUGUCGCAGGAUUGGUUCCCGCUGUUAGAUUUAUUGGCCAUGGUGUUGAACCCUAAUAACAAAUUUCAUACGUUCAAUGGUUCUCGUCCAUCAGAUACUGUUUCACCUGGGUCAAAUAUCCCAGAUGAGGAUUUAUAUGCUCGACUACCAUCAGACACUCGGGCACCACGUGGUUGGCUUAUUGACCUUAUAAAUAGGUUUGGAAACUUGGGUGGCUUCCAGAUCCUGCUGGAAAGGUUUCAGAGUGGGAAGAACCUCACAGUAACAGUGAUUUAUGCUCUUGUUCGCCCAUUUGGACUCUGCUAUGAGUAUCUGACUGUUCACACCAUUGUGAAAUAUCUCAUGCCCAUCAUUGAAAUGGUGCCUGUAAUUUUAGAUAAUCUGACAGAUGAUGAGUUAAAAAAGGAAGCAAAAAAUGAAUCAAAAAAUGAUGCUAUUUCUGCAAUCAUCAAAGCUGCCAAAUGUCUGGUGUCCAGGGUACCUAACCAGGAGGAGAUGGUCAAAAACUUAGAAAUAUUUAGACUGAAAAUGAUUCUCAGGUUACUUCAGAUCUCAUCCUUCAAUGGGAAGAUGAAUGCUCUAAAUGAGGUGAAUAAAGUAAUUGCCAGUGUGACGUACUACCCUCAUCGACACACUGGACUGGAGGAGGAAGAAUGGCUCACUGCUGAGAGAAUGGCCAAGUGGAUCAAGGACAACAGAGUACUACAGAUUGUUUUGCGUGAUUCACUGCAUCAGCCACAAUAUGUAGAGAAGCUGGAGAAGAUACUCCGAUUCAUCAUCAAAGAACGGUCUCUUACCCUAGAAGACCUAGACAAUGUGUGGGCGGCACAAGCAGGGAAACAUGAAGCAAUCGUUAAAAAUGUACAUGAUCUUUUAGCUAAGCUGGCAUGGGACUUCUCUCCUGAGCAGCUGGAUCAUCUCUUUGAGUGUUUCCAGGCAAGUUGGACAAACGCAAACAAGAAACAGAGGGAAAAAUUGUUAGAACUUAUUCGUCGCCUAGCAGAGGAUGACAAAGAUGGAGUCAUGGCACAUAAGGUGCUGACCUUAUUCUGGAACCUUGCGCACUCUGAUGAUGUUCCAACAGAGAUCAUGGAUCAAGCGCUGACGGCACAUGUCAAGAUUCUGGAUUAUAGCUGCUCACAAGAGCGUGAUGCUCAAAAAACAGUAUGGUUAGACAAUUGUGUUGAGGAAUUGAAGUCUGGUGACAAAUGGGCCUUACCAGCACUUAAGCAGAUUCGUGAAAUCUGCUGCUUGUAUGAACCUUCACCCAACAUGAACCACUCCCAGCGUAGUCACCACAUUUACUAUAGGCAAGAAGUAAUUGAAAGACUACAAAACCAACAUAGCCUUGUAAUUUUAGUCACUAAUAGUCUAACAUUAUACAUGGAUAAAGUUAGGCAAAUAGCUAAAGAAGACAAUAGCUUGGACCCAAGCAAUUUCUUCCCUGAUAAUAGGUAUAAUCAUAUACAGCAAGUUCAAGAAAGGUUGAAUUUCUUGCGAUUUUUAUUAAAGGAUGGCCAACUGUGGUUAUGUGCUGACCAGGCAAAGCAAAUCUGGCACUGUCUGGCCGAAGAGGCCGUCUUCCCUUCUGACAGAGAAGCUUGUUUCAAGUGGUUUUCUAAACUUAUGGGAGAAGAACCUGAUCUAGAUCCAGCCAUAAAUAAGGAUUUCUUUGAAAACAAUAUUCUUCAGUUGGACCCUACAUUAUUAACAGAAAGUGGCAUGAAGUGUUUUGAAAGGUUUUUCAAGGCUGUGAAUUCCAAAGAGGGGAAACUGAAAGCUAAAAGACGGGCCUUUUUAAUGGAUGAUGUAGAUUUAAUAGGAACUGAGUAUAUAUGGAGGGUUGUAACCAACAGUGGUGAUGAGAUAGCAAAUCGAGCCAUUGAGCUACUGAAAGAAGUAAACACAAACCUUGGUCCUCGACUGCAGUCAUCUCUUCUCGAAUUUCACGAGACCUAUAUUUCGGAGUGCCUAGAUCGACUACGUGCCCACUAUGAUACGGUGUCAGUUCUGUCUCACGAAGAUGACGGGAUCAAGGAGGAUGGUGGGCUCAUUAGUUCACAGGUUACAGUAAACAAACUGAAAGGCGAGGCUGUGAAAAUGUGUCGUGUGAUGAAGGUGCUGCAGGAGUACAUAGGAGAGUGCGAUGGCGAUUUCACUGUAGAGAGGAAGAUACUGCCUCUACACAGAGCUUGCAGAGGGAAGCAUCUAGCGCUACUAGUUAGGUUUUCAAAUCCUGGUAGGGCGGUAGAUGAUCUGGAUAUCUUCACGCACAGUAAUGACACAUUAGCAUCUCUACGUAGACAGAUUUUACGUCGAAUCAAGGCAAGUGGGGCCAAUGUGAAGCUGGAUCUCUUCAUAAAUGGCGAGUUGCUAGAUCCAGUUGAUGACCGGAAGCUGCUCUCCCAGGUUCCUCUCAGAGACAAAAUGUUGCUAUCAGCAAAGCUGUGCCAAGUGAACUCAAAUAUGCCAAGUUCCCCAGAUAGCAGUUCAGAUAGUUCAACGAGCUCACCGCAACAUCCUUACGACGGGCCCAAUGUUGAGGCAGAGAACAGUUUACCUGGGGUGCUAAUGUCACAGCGGCCUCAUUGUGCCCAGUUCUUCUUCCAACUGGCAGACUUGGGCUGCAAGCUUCUUUACCCACCUCUACGAGAUGGGGCCCGCAUGCUGCUCAAACUCAUUCCCCCAGACACCUACACUGUGGAAUGCCUUCAAAACCUGUUUCAGAGUCAUGCUAGGGCAGGCAUAAAUGGGGCAUCUGUCAUUGAGCAAGGCAAUCACAACACGGUAGCAAUUCCACCAAGUGUAGAGAGUCUUUUCUUUGGAACCUCACCCUCACAAGUUCUUUAUCACCUAGAGGUGAUGUAUGCUUUACUGAUGCCUGCAAUAGAGCCGCUUUCAGACAAAGCAUUUGAAUUCCAAUACAACUUCAUGAAGAGUGGGGAUGCUCCAGUUAUAUUGGACAUGUUAACCAAAAAUAAUUUUCUGCCCAAUGCUGAUGUUGCCACCAAACGGUCUGCCUAUCUGACAGUAUUGAAGAUGUGCAAGCUUCUUCUGACUGUGAUUGGUCAUGUCAUGGCUUGUGUCGUGGAUGACCCUCAGCAAUCGCCACCACAGCAGACUGAUUGUGGAGCACCAGAUGGGAAUGGUAGCGGAAACCUAGGACUCUGCUUCAGUAGUACCAAUUCAGCGCCCGCUAGCAGUUCUCCUCGUAGUCCGGUAGCUGUGCUCAGACAGGCCUUGCACAGUAUACCAAACCAGAACACAGAAUAUAUGUUACGUAGUGUCGCAUCAAAACUGGCCCAAAAUCUAGCUGAACAGCAGCUUUUACUGACAGGGAAUGAAGGGGAAAGAUCGCGACCAAUGUUUGUCCAGGCAUUGGCUUGGGAACUUCCAAAUAUCACAACAGUGAGAGCGAUCAUUCGCCUUGCAUGGGCAGCCAGUAGUGGAAACCUGCAGCUACUCAAUGCCACUCCUGAUGAGUUGCAUCGCAUGCAUGACAAAACAGCUACCAAAGUGCCAGAUGGAGAGGAUGUUCUAGUCUGUAAAGAAGCAUUGGAAGUGCUAACGGUGGCUCUGGUGCUAAAUCCUAAAACCCUAGAGAGCUUGACAAAGGACAAGAUGUGGCAUAUGUUCAUCAUUGACUUGCUCUUACUCUGCAAGAAUAGGUCAGUACGUGUUGCCGCAGCGGAGCAGUUCCUGUUGAUAUCAACAUGGUGUGUAGCGAGCCAACAGCCACUUCAGUUCUGCAUCACACUUUUGUUCACAGUACUGAACACAACUGUAAUGGAGAAUGCUCGCAACUCUCAUGAAUACUUCCAGUUGCUGUGUCGUCUGCUCAACUAUGCCUUUAUGUCUAACUGUCCCCUUCCUACUGCCGAAACUCUGCUCAACAAUGAGAUUACGUGGCUAAAGAAGAUAAGAGAAAACGUGAAGGAGACGGGGGACAGUCAAGUAGACGAGGCUGUUUUGGAAGGCCACUUGGGUAUUGCGAAGGAGCUGUUGUCUUUCAUGAGCCCUGAGAAGAAGUAUGAGCUUGGGUCUGAGGAAAGAAAAGGAAUCAAUCUUAUUAAGGAGCUGGUAGAAGAUUUUAUUUUCCCUGCAUCGCGAGUGAUGCUUCACCUACAGCGUACGGGUGAGCUGUGUGAGGACCAAGCAAUACCAGUCUGCAACACUCCUCUGACAACCAGUGCUGCAUUUGAUUUCCUGGUGGGGCUUUGCGUCAGUUGUGUUCCUAACAUGAAGCUCCUUGUGCAUAUGCUUUCUGACAUGUUUUAUUCAGAGCGUGAUGAACCCUUAGUAGAGUGGGACUAUCUUCCGCCUGUGGGUCCACGACCACUAAAAGGUUUUGUUGGCCUGAAAAAUGCCGGUGCCACUUGCUAUAUGAACUCAGUGUUACAGCAGUUGUAUAUGGUCGAGAGCAUUCGUAUUGGAAUCCUAGCUUCUGAAGGUGCUGCUACAGAUCUGAAUGAGGAUUUCAGCGGUGAGGAGAGAAUGGAGGCUGAGGGAAAUUUGGAAUCGAAUGAAAAUGACUGCAAUGAUGAGAAAUGUGGUCUAGAGGAAUCACGGAAAGAAUAUAACAUUGGUAUCUUGAAGCAAGUGCAAGCCAUUUUUGGUCAUCUGGCAUACAGCAAACUACAGUAUUAUGUCCCACGAGGACUCUGGAAGCAUUUCAAGCUACAGGGAGAGCCAGUGAACCUUCGUGAGCAGCAAGAUGCUGUUGAGUUCUUCAUGAGUCUUGUUGAGAGUAUUGACGAGGCCUUGAAAGCCCUAAGUCAGGAGCAGAUCAUGGGCAAAAUUCUUGGUGGCUCAUAUUCAGACCAAAAAAUAUGCAAAGGCUGCCCACACAGGUAUUCAAAGGAGGAACCAUUCAGCGUAAUUAGUGUUGAUAUUCGGAAUCACAGUACUUUACUAGACUCACUGGAACAGUAUGUAAAGGGUGAACUAUUAGAGGGAGCUGAUGCAUAUCACUGUGAAAAAUGCAACAAGAAGGUUGUAACUGUGAAACGACUGUGUGUGAAGAAGCUGCCACCUAUCCUUGCGAUCCAGUUAAAACGCUUUGAGUAUGACUUUGAGAGAGUUUGUGCCAUCAAGUUCAAUGAUUACUUUGAGUUUCCACGAGACCUAGACAUGGAUCCUUAUACAGUUUCAGGCUUGGCAAAACUUGAAGGUGAAAUGAUAGACUGUGAUUAUGAUGAGAUAUCAAAAGACAUUUGUACAAAAUAUCAGCUAACAGGAAUUGUUGUACAUAGCGGACAGGCCAGCGGAGGCCAUUACUAUUCAUACAUUAUGCACAGGCAUAACGAUGGAAGUUCAAAAUGGUAUAAGUUUGAUGAUGGUGAAGUGAGUGAGUGUAAGAUGGAUGACGAAGAAGAAAUGAAAACACAGUGUUUUGGCGGAGACUACAUGGGUGAGGUGUUUGACCACAUGUUAAAGAGAAUGAGCUAUCGGCGUCAGAAGCGGUGGUGGAACGCGUAUAUGUUAUUUUAUACACGAUUGGAUGUUGAGGAAAAUGCGUUAAUGAAGAGUCUGAAUGAGCUGUCAUUGUCUGAUACAAAAUUGGGCAUCUUGAAAAUGCCACCUGCAAUAGAACGAAGUGUUCGGAAACAAAACAUUAAAUUCAUGCACAACAGAAAUCAAUUCUCAGCAGAAUAUUUCCAGUUUAUCCGAAAGCUGGUGUCCUGCAACAGUCCUCCUGUAAAUCGACAACAUAGCAACGAAAAAUUGACACCAGAAUUUGAGGAGUUGGCAAUGUUGAGUGUCCAGCUGGCAUCAAGAUUUCUGUUCCAUACAGGAUUUCAUACAAAGAAAACUCUGCGAGGUACCGCAACGGAGUGGUAUGACGUUCUGUGUCAUCAUUUACGCAGCUCCCGUGCAGUCAGGGCGUGGUUUGCACAUAAUGUUUUGUUUCAGCAUCCACACAGGUUCUGUGAGUAUCUGUUGAGCUGUCCAAGUACAGAGGUUAGGUCAGCAUUCAUGAAGAUCAUUGUGUUCUUAGCACACUUCUCACUGCAGGAUGGCCCAUGCAUAAUACCCAUGCUUGAUGCUCCCACAGUCCUUGUGGAUCCUCAUGCAACACUUAGUGACCACCUGUUGCAUGCAGUUCUACUGCUUCUGCAAAAAGAAGUGUCUGACCACGGCCGCCAUCUGCCCCAUUACUUCUCAUUGUUCCACAUGUAUGCCUCGCUCGGUGUGCCUGAAAGAACUCAGCUGCUCAAGCUGAAUGUACCAGCUACAUUUAUGUUGGUAGCCUUGGAUGAAGGUCCAGGGCCUCCUAUAAAGUACCAGUAUCCAGAGUUGACUAAGCUUCAUCAUGUGGUUUCGCAACUGAUUCGCUGCUGUGAUGUCAGUUCAAAAACACAGUCGUCACAGUCACAACAGGGCUUGCUACCUCUACCAAACCCAUAUGGAGACCCAGCUGUCCCUGAUUAUAUCAUGCCCAUCCAACCACAGGCAGCAGAAAUUCUUUUUGGUCGAACCAGCUACAUCAAGAAGCUUAUCGAGGAUGCGAACCUAUCAGAAGAAACUGUGAAGUUGCUGCAGUUCUGCUGUUGGGAGAACCCUCACUUCUCACGAACUGUACUCAGUGAAUUGCUGUGGCAGAUUGCCUAUGCUUACUGCCAUGAGUUGAGACACCACAUGGACCUCCUCCUCAGCAUGUUGCUUAUUGAGGAUUCAUGGCAGUCUCAUCGUAUUCAUAAUGCACUGAAAGGUGUGCCAGAAGAACGAGAAGGUCUGUUUGACACAAUUCAACGCAGUAAGAACCACUACCAGAAAAGGGCAUACCAGUGCAUCAAAUGUAUGGUGACACUGUUUUCAAAGUGUCGGCCAGCCCACCAGAUGCUCCAUACAAAUGGAGAAGUAACGAGAAAAUGGACAGUAGCUGUUGAGUGGCUUCAGGAUGAACUUGAACGGCGCCCAUAUGCUCCCAGUGCACAGUAUAGUUAUAAUAACUGGUCACCACCUGCACAGUCAAAUGAAUCAACAAAUGGUUACUUCCUGGAACGUUCAAACAGUGCUCGAAAGACGCUGGAGAGAGCGUGUGAACUCUGCCCAGAAGAGGAACCAGAAGUAGAGGAAAUGUCAGAAGAUGGCGAGAGUCCGCAACCUGAGGAGCAGCAACCGCAACAGCAAAAAGUGGCACUAACUUUCACGGAAUUCUCGGCCCAAGCUGGUUCUGCCACAAGGCGUGCGUCUGUACAGCGCAUACUUGCCAAGCGAUUGUCUGCUGUUCAGGGUUUAAAGACUGGAGUGCAGGAACAGUCAUCAACAGGGCCUAGUGGAAGCAACAGUAAUCAUCCUCAACCAGGAACAAGCGAGGAUACAGAAACAACUAUGACCACUAUUGUCAUGCAAGACAGUGGUAAUGAAGGUACUCUGCCUAACAGCAACAGUGGUACUUUGCUUGACCAGCAGCAACAAUGUGAGGAGACCAACCACCCCUCCUGCUCGACGGCAGACAUGGCAUAGUAACAACAUGGCUUCAACGCAAGACAGCUGUAAUGGGGAAGCAGUACUGUGCUGCAAGUGUGACAAGAUGUGGAACUGCUACUAUCAGCACAGCCGUAAGGAAGAUGCGAUGAGCAGCAACACGGUGCUUAUGUACUUGAGUGUUAUAAUAGAGGAGGCUCUCAGACUCUCAUUAUUGUGAUAUUAACGUGGCAUGCGUAGCCAAUCAAACUUGCUGCUAUAUGUGGGAGAAAGGGGGGGGGUAAACAUAAUCCAUGUGACUGUGCAUGGUCAGCGUAAUGUUUCAAGAUCACCCAGUAUCAGCUGUUGUUGAAAUCCAAUCUAACAUCCAAAGUAAAUAUAUUCCUUGUGGUCAUGAGAUAAAAGUCACCAAGUCAGGUGUGCUAUACCUUGGUGAUGACAAUGUUUAAUUUAUUAUUUUCAGUCAGCUUAGCAAUUUGACAUUGUAUUAAAGUAACAGCUGUAUUACCAUACUUCCAUUAUAAUUAUGUGAUCAGUAGCCAGGGAAAUUCAACCAGUCUCUCAAGCUGUACAUCCAAAACUGUUGAACCGAAGUGCCAACUAAUCCGUUGAAGGAACAUUGACAGGAUGAAGACAUGAUUAAGCUCUAAAUGCUGCAGGAAGUAACAUCUUAGAAGGCAAGGAACUUGUUCCCGCUACUGAGUGGUUUGCGAUUAUGUAAUAACCCUAGUCAUUCACAGAGAGAAUUUUUGGAUGUAGGCUCCUAGUUGCCUCGAGCAUACUAGUGUUGAAAUUGGCCUUGUUGCUGGAAGUUGAUGGAAUGAUACUUGAACCAGAUGACCUAUAGUUACCAGUUGAUUAGUGGAGGAUUACCUUUCAAAGAUACACAACGAGAUGUAUGUAAACUUCCAUCGUAAAUGUACUAUGCUGUCUGUAUGGUAUGUGCUGUAAGAGUAAGUUCCUGAGCAAAUGUGUCGGCGAUUAACGAGUUUAAGAGAGAGCGAGAAACAAGGGUUUGACCGUUUGCUUGGUGUUGUAGUGGAAUUAUACAUACAGACUGGCUAUGGGAAUUAUAUCUGAGGUGAAGUGUCAGACUUCCUUAUGAAUAGACCGAGGUCAAGUGGAGUUGUAAGUGCAUGAUUGAGGGCGUGAGCUAUACUUGGAGAGCUUGAAUUCAUGCUAGGUAACUUGAGCACUUGUUCUUGUGUAUUGCUUAUUACUAAUUUUUAUAUCAAGUUUAAUUUUUAUUACUUCCUGUAUUUUUUAUGUCGGAGCGAACAUUGUAGUCAAAGAUGUGUUUCAGCACCUUAGUGCUGUGGCUGUAGAGAGAAUGUGAUUUUGUUUCCAACCAAGUUACCUGUGUGCUUUUAAUUUUUAAUGUGGCUUUAAUUUUCUGAAAGCUGAACAUUUCUAGUAAAUAAAUAUAUUGGAAAUAGCAUAAUCAAAUUGGAAUUCAUGUUCAUGUUGUGGAUAUUUUUUUGAAGGUGAAAUAGUUUAACCACUUUUCAGCAUUAUCUUGGAAAUUGUUGUCAUCUUGGUUCAGUAGUUCCUGAAACAUACUUUCUAUGAAAAUAACAUGAUGCCAUAUUAUGGUGGUUCUCACAGUAGUUGACUAACAGGCAUGUUUUAGAGGUACAUUUUCUCAACAUUCUGGGAAGCAGGUGAAGUGGGAUGCUAAGCCAGUUCAUCUUAAGCAUCAAGUGCGAACCUUAAGUGCUGGGCCCUCGGGGCCUUAAAGGGACUGCAAUAGGAAAGGUGUGAUAUACAGGAGCUAGUUACAAUUUGUACAAGUUUGUAAAAUGCUAAUGUAGUUUGGCUGUCCUAACAAACCUCAAGUGAGUUCCUUGUAAAUGCUGAUUAUAGUGUGAAGAGGCGGUGGAGUUCGGACAUUACAAUAUUACAAAAUAUGUAAUGCUUGACACCUGAUUCUGACACAUUGUGGAAUUGAAAUAGAAUAUACAUAAAAAUUUAGAUAUAUUAUAAUCAUAACUCACAAAAAGUUUUGAAGCUUAACUUGAGAGCUUUUGUUGUUAAUAUUACAACUUUUUAUUUUAUCGUGGAUCAUAUUCAGGUUUUCUUUUUUACAUACAUAUGAUGCAGGUCAAAAUGGGGAGUUGUAAAAGUCAGGGAAAUGAACGUUUUCGAAAAAGCUCUUUUACUCUGGGCUCUGUGUGUUUGAGCUUCAAUCUUCCUGAUUGCCCGCAUUUGUUGCUGACAUGUUACAGUAGGACAUUUAUUUAAAUGAAUAAUAGUGUGUAUAAUUACAACGUAAGUAUAAUUUUGUUGCAUUCCGGUUAGUUUGCGUAUCCUGAUAUCAGUUUCUUCCUGUGUUGGCAUUCGAUAGUGUUGAGCAAGCACUUGUGCAGGGGAAUCCUGCCGAAAAUAUAAAAUUUUUCUACAUAUUGUUGCAUGAUUAAAUAUUGAUCUGUCCUGGUGACAGAGAAUGUAUUUGGCACAUCUUGGCUUUUGUGUAUUGUAGUUGAUGCUGUAUAGAGAAGUUUAAGUGGAAACUAUCGAGUGGCAACACGCAGAUUGCCACUACCGCACUUAUUUUAAGAGAUGUGAGUGUUGACUAGUUUCUGAUGUAUAGAAAUGUAAUGUAAACUAUUAUUCUCCACUGCAUAAGUUUUUGUGUGCACAUUUAUUACAGUGGUAUUGUAUAUCUACUCUCAAAUCUUUUUUUUAUUCAGUAAUAACCCUGAACAGAUCAACCUGUAUAUAAACAUAAUCAAUUGUUGGCCUGUUCAUACAAUGCUAGCAAGGGAAUCAAACACAAAUUAUAAUAAUGAGAGUUGAAGUACAAGCACUAGAAGCCAUUAAAAAUAUGGAUAGUUUUUACAGGUCAGACUCGGGUCUUUUUAAAAGAAUGAUUAGUAAACUAGAGAUGAGCUGUGAGAUGGUAAUUUAAUAUUUUGUAAUUUACUGUUUAGUCCUUUAUAAAUAAAUUACUUAUGUUGCCAUGCUCUGAAGAAUUCUGCGUUGCGCGUAAAAACACUGCAGUGCUAUAAGUGACACUGCGCCCAUUUCUGUCUCCCUGCCUCUAGCCAUUUCUUUACACUUUUCAGUGCCAGGCAAACGCUGAUUUUAAAUUUAUAAAAUUGUGAUUACAGUUCUUAUUUAGAUGAAUGCAAAGAAAUGGGUUAGGUUUGUCUACUACCGGGAAAUUAUUUUGUACGUUAAAUAUCAUUGUGGGCAUCAUCUGCAUCCUUCCCUCUCCCACCACCAUUCUUUUGUUGUUAUUUAAAUUUAACACUGAAGAUUGAGUUUCCAAAGUUCUGAAUUAUCAUUGGCUCAAAAUUUAAUAUAUUUAUGAGAAAACUAUACUCUCAAAGGCUAUUCAGCUUCAGCCAUCAUAUAAAAUCUGCAUUAACUAAACAAACAACAAAGUCAUGACUUACCUAUUGAUUGUGGUUCUUUAUAAAUGUUCAUAGUCAUUUUCAACUGUGUGGGAGCUUAAACAAACUGUACAGUGGCUAUCUGUAGAUCAUAAUUCAAAACGUAAUAAAAUACAGGUAACUAAAUUUUUGGUUGGUAUGCACUUUCCUUGUUCUGCACACCACAUAAAUUUGUUUGCUCAGCAGCAGUUCUUGUAGUGUAGUGUCUGUACAUGCAGAAAGCAGAUACCCCUCGUUCACUUGCUUGAUCAUCCUCGUCCUCUCUUCCCCCUUUUAAGUCACAGUUUGUUCAUGUGGGUAUUGACUCCAAAGUAGAGUUUAUAAUAAUUCUGGUAGAGAGAUGUGUAUUAUUUUUCCCCAUUCAGCUAACUUUCUAUAUCUUUUUGAAAUCCAAAUUGCGGGUUUCAGUGAUCAGAAAGGAAAGUGUGUUGUGUGAUAUGUUCUUUUGGGGAACAAAGAACCACUGCAGGUUCUUGUCCUUUGUAAGGAUUUCCAGAGUUUCACAAAUGAACAAUUUAAAAAAUUGUAAAUGUAGUAUAAUUUAUGUUAAAGAGAGUAAACUUGGGUAAAUGAAUUUAAGUGUACAGAAAAAGACUUAUGUGAACAGCGUCAUGAGUUUUACUGAAAACCCUGUAGAAAAUUUUGGAACUAUUUGUUUUUGUAACUAUUGCAGGUUUUGAAAAAUUAAAAAGAAUGGAGUUCUCUCACUUGAAUGCUUCUUGUGUUUUUCUGCUAACAUUACUGAUGAAGGUCAUACUGAUAGAAGUAUUUACUGACGUACAUCACGGUAUGAAAUAUUUAAUCUGUGGUAAAAUGCCAAUGAAGAGGAAACUUGGGAAAUUCCAGUAGCUGUUGCUGAGAAACCGUAUAUAGUACAGUAACCAAGAUGAUAAGGGCAUUUUAUGUUUAAAAUGAAUUAAUUUAUUUAAAGGGUCAAGCGUAUGUAAGUGUGGCUUCUGGACUUUCCUAUAAGAUUUCUCCAUGCUUAUCACAUGUAUAAUAAAAAUUGUUUUGUAGCUUAUAAAAAAAUAAAGACUGUAUUUGAAAUGAUGUUUGUAAAUAUAAAAAUUCAGUUGCUAUCAUGAAUCAUGUGAUAACAUUGCUGCAUGAUGCAACUCCAGUUUUUAACUUUUAUUUCAGCUUAUUUUGUUUAUCUAUUAGAGCAGUGUUAAUAAAGGGCAUCAGUUAUGAAAGCAUA